AAGUGACAUGAGGUGGGGUUUUAUUGGAUUUGAAAAUGAGAUAUCAAAACGAAGUGUCCUGAAACAAUAAUGCAUCCUUGUAGCCCAACGCAGCUCUGUGGAAUAUUUACCUAGGCCGUUACCUCCCCCAUCGACUGAAGCAUCAGACAGACUUCAGCACACAGUGUCUGUUGCUCGUGCACGUCACAAUCGAUUGUGUACGGCACGGGGACGCGCGAGAGGAGAGAAAACACGAAUCUCUGUUAAUACGAAUUUUACUAGCAUAACAUCUGACCUGGAUUAGAGUGUGUAAAGGAGCGUUUGUCCCGCUGCCAGGAUGUGUACCCCGUGUUGUGUGUCUCAGCUGGCGUGCUGCUGUGGCUCGGCUGGAUGCGCCCUGUGCUGUGGAUGCUGUCCAAAGAUCAAACAAUCCACAUCGACACGCUUCAUGUACGCCCUCUUCUUCAUGCUGGUAACAGUAACCUGUGUCAUCAUGAUGUCCCCCACUGUGGAGAAGGAAAUACGAGACAAUAUUCCAUUCUACUCUGAAAUGUGCCAUCGGCUCAAUGCAGGAGAGAACUGCAGCAAUCUAGUGGGCUAUUCAGCCGUGUACAAAGUCUGUUUCGGCAUGGCCUGCUUUUUCUUCGUAUUUGCUGUGCUCACUAUUCGGGUGCAAACCAGCACGGGAUGUCGAGCAGCUGUUCACAAUGGAUUCUGGUGCUUUAAGUUUGUGGCUUUGCUGGCCUGCUGUGCAGGUGGAUUUUUCCUUCCAAACGAGGAGAGGUUUUUAGAAGUCUGGCGUUAUGUAGGAGCCGCUGGUGGUUUUCUCUUCAUUCUCAUCCAGUUGAUGCUUCUCGUUCAGUUUGCCCACAGAUGGAAUCAAAACUGGAGCUCUGGAGCCAAGUAUAAUAAAAUAUGGUAUGCCGCACUGGUUCUGGUCACACUGGUGAUGUUCUCUGUGGCAGUGGGAGCCAUGGUGUUCAUGAUCAGGUUCUACACGCACCCAGAGGCCUGCUUCCUCAACAAGCUCUUCCUGGGCGUUAACGGCGGCCUCUGUUUCAUCGUGUCUCUGCUGGCCAUCUCGCCCUACAUACAGACUUUCCAGCCCACCUCGGGUCUGCUGCAGCCUGCUGUCAUCACCGUCUACGUCAUGUACCUCACGUUCUCAGCGCUCGCCAGCAAACCCAUCGAAACCAUAGAGAAAGACAAUGGAAAAAAUUACACCGUCUGUGUCUUUCCCUUCAACUCAGGACUACAGAGCGACACUAGCAUAGUGACGGGUGUUGGAACGGUCAUACUGUUUGGCUGCAUACUCUACUCUUGUUUGAUCUCCACCACCAAGAGGAGUUCCGCAGCUUUGCGAGUAUACAGAAACGAUAUGCCAGAAAACGAGAGAGCACGGUGCUGUUUCUGCUGUAAUGAUGAUACAGAGGAUUAUGAUGAUGAAAAGACAGCAGGAGGACAGAACGUAAUGUAUGACGAGAAAGAGGGCACAAUCUACAGCUACUGCUACUUCCAUUUUGUCUUCUUCCUCGGCUCCCUCUAUGUCAUGAUGACCGUAACAAACUGGUUUCAUUAUGACAAUGCAAAGAUCGAGAGGCUGCUGGAGGGGAGUUGGUCUGUGUUCUGGAUCAAGAUGGCAUCCUGUUGGGUCUGUCUCUUUUUGUAUAUGUGGACCCUGGUGGCCCCCAUGCUCUGCCCAAAGAGAUUUGAAGCCUAAAAACCCUUGAUCCAAUAUCACCACUGUCCAGUUACUACUACUGUGUGAGUGAGUAAGUGUGUGUAUUUGAAAGAGAAAGUGUGAGAGAGUUUUUUGUUUUUGUACUUUGAUAAUUCAUUUUUUAUUUGUUUAGAAUUUUCUAGUUAAUGCUUUUGAUGCCUCAAAGGUUGCUUGUGUUUUUGUUUUUAAUCACUGUCUGAUGGAGAUUUGUUACAGAUGUUAUGGUUGCCACGGUGCUUGUGUAGGGAUCUUCUUUUUUUAUUCCUCAUAAAAUCGUUGAUCCGGCUCACACAUCACCUGUAAUUGUCUUUGCUUGGUACACUUUAGUCUUUUAGGUAGUGGAAGAAUUCUAUGCAAAUCAACAAACCAUCUGUGAUUUUUCACUCCACUGUUUAUCUCUCUGCUUUUUUGUAAUGUUUUUGUGUUUUGUAAGGUGAUCUUGUGUUUUAACAUGAAGGCGUUUCAAUAAAUAAUGAAAAGAUCUCUUGUGGCAAAUGAGCACUUUAUUAGGAACACUAUUAGGAAUUAAUAUUGAAAAUGGACCCAAAACAUUAUUGUAGCGAUCCUAUUGUACAAUAAUGGUCUUCUGCUGUUGUAGCCCAUCCGCCUCAAUGUUUGACAUGCAGAGUGGUUAUCUGAGUUACUGCAGCCUUUCUGUCAGCUCAAACCAGUCUGGCCAUUCUCCGUUGACCUCUCUCAUCAACAAGGUGUUUCCUUGAUCAAAUUUGUUCCCCAUUCUGAUGGUUGAUGUGAAUAUUAACUGAAGCUCCUGGCCUGUAUCUGCAUGGUUUUAUGCAUUGCACUGCUGCCACACGAUUGGCUGAUUAGAUAAUCACAUGAAUAAUUAGGUGUACAGGCGUACCUAAUAAAGUGCUCUGUGAGUGUACCUAUUUCAUUUUAAAAAUACAACCGGGUCAGAGUGGUACUUCCUUGCAUGGCCACAAGUGUCAAGAUGGCUGGACUCGUAGAAACAUUGUCAAAAGUCAAGGUGCCCAGUGUGAUCCAAUUUCUUUGUGUAAACUGCACAACACCAGCUUAGAAAUGAAUGUACUAAUGGUGUAUUAUUGGUUAUACCUGUGCAUACUGUAUGUAUAAUCGUAAUCAAAUGAGAGAUCUUGUUACUUUAUUUAUUGAAAUGCCCUGUCACUUCCUUGUAAGACCACACCAAAAUACAGUCAGUAUUUCCAAAUAAGUCAGCAACAUUUAUAAAUGAGAACUAAGGCUUUACCUUUCACCUCAUAGCUCAAUGAGGGAUGUUAGAUGUUUGGCUUACUUGUUUGUGUGGUGAAUUACACCAUUCUAAGAAAAACAAAAGUGACUUCCACCUUUAGUAAAUGUUUAUACAAUGAUUUGCAAUGGGUGGGCAAAGCCAUGGGCCCUACACUGCCACAGUCACCAAACCCCCUGUCAGUUUUUUUCAAUUUGUGUUACAAUUGCAAUCUAAGUGGUGCUUUAGACCUUGGAUGUCCUAUUAUUUUUGGAUUAGAUUAGAUUCAAUAUCUUGCUCUAAGCUUGCAAGCAUGCUAUUUGUCAAAACAAAACAAAAAUUACCUCAAAGAACACAUUUAUACCAUCUUUUGUACUUACAAAGCAUUUGUACAGUGUACUGCUCUAUACAGCUAUUAUAUUUAAUAUAUAUCUUUAAGUCAGAGGUUUUUGUUGAUAUGAAUGCAUGUCUGUUUUUCUUGUGUUGAUUGGUCAUAAUAAAAUCUUUAUUUGCAAUGUUAACUUAACAUAGUUACAAGAGCUCUCUGGGCUUUUCCUUAUUAUAUAAUCUAGUAUUCCUGAUGCUCCCCAGUAAAGAAAGACAGGAUCUAGAACUGGAAUUAUUUUACAUUUAUAAGGUUAUUUCCUGUGUAGAAAUUGUAGGUGUCCUAAAUGCCUCUGCAUGCUCCCUGAGAGACAGGAAUGUGUUAUUGAUCGAACAACAGACAGGUGUUGAGUGUGUGGUAGGAUUGGGGCCAGUAUGCUUUUUCUUUAUGUUGAAGUCUUGGAGUUGGAGUCUUAUAUAAUCUUUUUAGAAGGAAUGUUCAAAAUAUUUGUAAUUGCCUUAAAUGCUUUACUGAUUUAAUGAAGUAAAAUAUUGUUCAAC